GUUGGGGUUUGAAUCAUCCCCUGAAAACAGCGGCAGAUGACAGCAGCAGCUCGUUUCGCUCACAAACACUGCUCGUCACUUAGUGAGCUAACUUCACAACAACACCCGUAAACAGCUUUCAGGACUAAAACUUUGACAGCUAUCAUGUCGAAAAAACAGAUUUACUAUUCUGACAAGUACACCGAUGAGGAGUUCGAGUACAGGCAUGUGGUGCUUCCAAAGCAGCUGUCCAAACUGGUGCCCUCCUCCCACCUGAUGACAGAAGACGAGUGGAGGGGUCUUGGGGUGCAGCAGAGCCAGGGCUGGAUUCACUACAUGAUCCACAAACCAGAGCCACACAUACUGCUUUUCAGAAGACCUCUCCCAAAGGAUUAAAUGGAAACCACCUGUAAAUCAUCUUCUAUCAUCUUUGCUGAUAAGAACCAUACAUCUCUCCUACAUACAUCUCUUCAUAUGCUCUAAUGUAUCGUUAGAAAACCCUUAGUUGCAUCUUUUCUUUUGUCCUUUCAAACUCCCUCAAUUUUUAGAGGCAAUGGGAGGCAAACACUUUGUUUUCACUGUGAAGGAUAACCUUAUAAACAAUAUGAAGGCGGAGCUUGCCUGUCGAUUGUACAUUUUAAUACAUUUUUUUAAAAGUCUUUUGAUGCCAUUUUGUUAUGAUUGAUUUACUUGCUGAGUAUCGGACAGGCAUAGGGUUUUAUUUUUCUCCAGCUCACUAUUCUCCCCAAAAACUUUCUGUGUUUUUCCUGUUCUUAAACUUAUGUUUGUGUUGUGUAUAUAAUAUUAUUUCUAGAUAUUAUAAAUGUCAACAGUGAGUCAUGGAUGAUUCAACACGUUCUUUGUUGUUGAAAGAACAAGAUUAAAUGUACUUCUUCA